AUGACACGGAACUGGAUCUCCGAUCCCCCGAUUACAAAGACGUCUCUGGAGAUCUUUGUCACGACAACUCCACCGGAAGAGGAGAAAGAUCAGUUCCUGCGCUUCAUACGUCAAAUCCUGAGCUGGGAUCCGGAUGUGAGAGCUACAUCGAACGAGAUUAUACCUGACGAAUGGCUCAUGCGAUCGAAUGAAGAACUGCUCUAG